CAACGCGUUAAAACCCCCUUUCUUCCUUCUUCUUCUCUACAAGUCCCCAACUCCCCCAUACACACCCCACCACACUCCAACCCACCGCGAUCAAACUUCUCUACCCCUUGAAAUCUUUGUCACCGCCGAAGAAGAGAAGAAAGAAGGAUGAUCCAGUUGCUAUUCACCCUUAUAUUCGCUGAGAUGACGCUGAUCGUGGUGUUCGUCUUCAAGACUCCGCUGAGAAAGCUGGUGAUAAUGGGCCUGGACCGUGUCAAACGUGGCCGCGGCCCCGUCGUUGUCAAGACGGUUGCCGCCACAAUUUUUGUGGUGAUGAUGGCCAGCGUGUACAAUGCGGUGGCGAUCCAGAGGCGUUGGAUCCAAGAUGGUGAAGCCAACCCAACGGAUCAGAUUCUCUUUGCUAACCACAUUCUGGAAGCUUCUCUCAUGGGAUUUGCACUAUUCCUUGCCCUGAUGAUUGACAGACUGCACCACUAUAUCCGAGAACUGCGAAUAAGGAGGAAGACCAUGGAAGCUGUAAAGAAACAAAGCCGAGUUUUUGAGGAUAGUAAGCCUCCUGCUACAGAGGAAAUCAAAGCAUUGGAAGAAGAGACGAUUGCACUGCGUGGAAGGAUUAAGGAUCUCGAGACACAACUUGAGGAAAAGAAUAAAGAGUCCGGCAGCGCAGAAGCCAAUGCAAUGGCUUUGAAGAAGCAGUCAGAAGGUUUUCUUCUUGAAUAUGACCGGUUGCUUGAAGAAAACCAGAACCUUCGAAGCCAAUUGCAAUCUCUAGAUCGGAAAUUUUCAUUAUCUGAUGGCAAGAAAGUUAUGUAAGGGACCAUUAAGUUAUGCAAGAAAAUUGUCAUUCCGCAGUUAUUUUGUCGUUAUACUAUAGCAGUUCCAUGGAUAACUCUCCAUGUUUGAAGAAAAGAAAGUUUUCAGAAGAAAGAAA